UCCUUUCUAACUGUCAUAUUAUAUUAUUUAUUUAUUUAUUCAUUUUUCCCUCAUCUCCAUUAAUAAUUCCUACGCCAUUCUUUCUUCUUCUCCUUCUAUCCACCCAAAACAAAAUCAAUCAAAAUUCUAGAUUUUGAUGUACAGAAUCAAUAAUGGCGGGAAAUGACUGGAUUAACAGUUACCUCGAAGCCAUUUUAGAUGUGGGUGGUCAAGGAAUUGAUCCUUCCAAUACCAAACCAUCUUCAACUUCACCGGCAUCGUUGCUUCUUAGGGAACGAGGACAUUUUAGUCCUUCUCGUUACUUUGUUGAAGAAGUUAUUACUGGUUUUGAUGAAACUGAUCUUCAUCGUUCUUGGGUUCGCGCUGCUUCAACUCGCAGCCCACAAGAGAGGAAUACAAGGUUGGAAAAUCUGUGCUGGAGAAUAUGGAAUUUGGCUCGAAAAAAGAAACAGAUCGAGGGAGAAGAAGCUCAGCGCCAAGCUAAACGUCAUAUGGAACGGGAAAGAGGUCGCAGAGAGGCUACUGCAGAUAUGUCAGAAGACUUGUCUGAAGGAGAGAAGGGAGACACUGUUGCUGAAAUGUCAUUUGGUAAUGAUAGCUUAAAAAAAGGGAUGCGUAGAAUAAGUUCAGUGGAUAUGAUGGAGAAUUGGGCUAAUACUUUUAAGGAAAAGAAACUCUACCUUGUCUUGAUAAGUCUUCAUGGCUUGAUACGUGGGGAAAACAUGGAGCUUGGUCGUGAUUCUGACACAGGUGGUCAGGUCAAGUAUGUAGUAGAACUUGCGAGGGCACUUGGUUCAAUGCCGGGAGUUUACCGCGUUGAUCUCUUGACAAGACAAGUUUCAGCUCCUGGGGUAGAUUGGAGUUAUGGUGAACCUACCGAAAUGUUGUCUCCAAGAAAUUAUGAGGAUGCAUCGGAGGAGCUUGGAGAGAGUAGUGGCGCUUACAUUGUUCGCAUACCAUUUGGACCAAAGGAUAAAUACAUAGCAAAAGAGUUACUCUGGCCUUACAUUUCAGAGUUUGUUGAUGGUGCACUUACCCACAUAAAGCAGAUGUCCAAGGUACUUGGUGAGCACAUAGGUGGUGGAAUGCCUGUAUGGCCAGCUGCAAUCCAUGGUCAUUAUGCAGAUGCCGGGGAUUCUGCGGUUCUUCUAUCUGGCGCUUUAAAUGUGCCCAUGGUAUUUACUGGUCAUUCACUUGGACGAGAUAAGCUUGAACAGCUGCUGAAACAGGGGAGACUUUCUCGGGAAGAAAUUAAUGCAACAUAUAAAAUAUCACGGCGCAUAGAGGCUGAGGAGUUAUGCCUUGAUGCCUCAGAGACGGUUAUCACAAGCACUAAACAGGAAAUAGAAGAGCAAUGGCAGUUGUAUGAUGGAUUUGAUCUAGUACUGGAACGCAAACUCAGAGCUAGAAUGAGACGUGGUGUGAGUUGUCUUGGAAGAUUUAUGCCCCGCAUGGCUAGAAUUCCUCCUGGAAUGGAAUUUCACCAUAUUGCUCCAAAUGAUGCUGAUAUGGACACGGACAUUGAUGGACAUAAAGAUAGCAAUGCCAACCCAGAUCCACCCAUUUGGUCUGAGAUUAUGCGCUUUUUUUCAAAUGGACGGAAACCGAUGAUACUUGCCCUUGCCAGGCCAGAUCCGAAAAAGAACCUUACGACGUUAGUCAAGGCUUUUGGAGAGUGCCGCCCAUUGCGAGAACUUGCAAACUUGACUUUGAUUAUGGGAAACCGUGAUGAUAUUGAUGAGAUGUCCGCAACAAAUGCAUCUGUUUUGAUCUCAAUUCUGAAAUUGAUUGACCAGUAUGAUCUGUAUGGUCAAGUAGCAUAUCCCAAGCACCACAAGCAGUCUGAAGUUCCUGAUAUUUAUCGAUUAGCUGCCAAGACAAAGGGUGUAUUCAUUAAUCCUGCGUUUAUCGAACCAUUUGGACUGACUUUGAUUGAGGCCGCGGCUUAUGGUUUGCCUAUUGUUGCUACAAAGAAUGGAGGCCCUGUUGAUAUUAUAAGAGCACUAGAUAAUGGGCUUCUCAUUGAUCCUCACGAUCAGCAAUCGAUUGCUGAUGCACUAUUGAAGCUUGUUGCAGACAAACACCUAUGGACCAAGUGUAGACAAAAUGGGUUGAAGAACAUACACCUCUUUUCGUGGCCGGAGCACUGCAAGACGUACUUGUCUCGCAUUGCCAGUUGCAAACCAAGGCAACCAAAUUGGCAAAGAAUUGACGAAGGAUCUGAAAAAUCAGAAACAGAUUCUCCCGAUGACUCUUUAAGGGACAUCCAGGAUAUAUCUUUGAAUUUGAAGUUAUCACUGGAUACCGAGAAGUCUGACGGAGGCAACAUUGUUAAUGAUUCAUUGGAUACCGAAGAAGCUACAGGAAAUACAAAUAAAAGAUUAGAAAAUGUCGUCUCAAAACUGUCAAAGUCUAUGGAUAAAGCACAGACCGAUGUCGGUAAUCUUAAAUUUCCGGCAAUUAGGAGAAGGAAAUGUAUUUUUGUUAUUUCAUUGGAUUGUCAUACAUCGGAUCUUCUUCAAAUCGUUAAGACGAUCUUUUCUGCUGCUGGAGAACAAAGCGCAACAGGAUCCAUUGGAGUUAUACUUUCAACAUCAAUGACCUUAUCUGAUGUUAAUUCUCUCUUGGCUUCCGGAGGCUUGAAGCCUGCCGAUUUCGAUGCUUUCAUUUGUAAUAGUGGCAGUGAACUUUACUACCCAUCUAUGGUUUCCGAGGGUAAUUCUGCUGAAUCUCCCUUUGUGCAAGAUGAAGACUAUUAUUCACAUAUUGACUAUCGUUGGGGAGGAGAAGGUUUAUGGAAGACUUUGGUGAGAUGGGUUGCUUCCGUCAAUGAGAAAAAUGGAGACAAGGCUCCCCAGAUUGUUUGUGCAGACGAUGAUAGCUCAACAGCUCAUUGCUAUGCGUUUAAAGUGAACGACUACAGUUUGGCACCCUCUGCUAAAGAGAUUAGGAAGUGGUUGAGGAUUCAGGGUCUUCGUUGCCAUGCCAUAUAUUGCCAAAGUGGUAACAGGUUGAAUAUCAUUCCUGUAUUGGCUUCUAGAUCUCAAGCUCUCAGAUACCUAUACAUGCGUUGGGGCACCGACUUGUCAAGUUUUGUCGUCUUCAUUGGUGAAUCAGGAGAUACAGAUUACGAAGGCUUGCUGGGCGGAGUCCAUAAGACAAUCAUAAUCAAAGAGAUUUGUGCGGAUUCUAGUAAGCUACACGUAAACCAUACUUAUCCCUUGGAUCAUGUUAUACCAGUUGACUGCCCCAACUUAUUCCAUACCGAAGGACACAGCGUCGACAACAUAAGAGAAGUUUUAAGCAAGAUCGGUAUUUCGAAAGCGUAGAAGAUUUAGUCUUCAAGACACAAUAACAUUACUGAUACCAUGAUACGCGAUAAGACACCGCGGUUUUUUACUUAUAUAUACUCAAUUUAAUAUUGGCUGAUAAUUUCUGCUGGAAAGUUUAGCUGGAAAUUCAGUCACUCAAAUGUUUUUUCAACUUGUAUAUCUUUGUUUUGAUGCAUUAUUUUGUUAAUCCAUAUAGGCUGCCAACUGAAACAUUAUGGCAAUAAGAAGAAACUGGAGGAGUUUCUGUAAUAUGUACUAUCUAAUUCUUUUCAUGUCUUUUUCACAAAUACUUUCAUUUACGAUCUUGGUGAAUGAACAUUA